CUCUUUCAGUUCAAAGCAUCCGAACGGAGAAGAAAACCAUCUGAUAUUUUCUCUGUGAAAGCGAGAGAGAGAGAGAGAGAGAGAGAGAGAGAGAGGAGAUGAGAGAGAUUAUCAGCAUCCACAUCGGGCAAGCCGGAAUUCAGGUCGGGAAUUCGUGCUGGGAGCUCUAUUGCCUAGAGCAUGGAAUUCAACCGGAUGGACUGAUGCCGAGUGAUACUACAGUAGGUUAUGGACAUGAUGCUUUUAAUACCUUCUUCAGCGAGACUGGCUCUGGCAAGCAUGUUCCAAGAGCUAUAUUUGUUGAUCUGGAGCCCACUGUCAUUGAUGAAGUUAGAACUGGCACGUAUAGGCAACUUUUCCAUCCAGAGCAGCUUAUUUCGGGCAAGGAAGAUGCUGCCAACAAUUUUGCGAGAGGACAUUAUACUAUUGGGAAGGAAAUUGUAGAUCUAUGCCUUGACCGGGUGAGAAAAUUAGCAGACAACUGCACUGGUUUGCAAGGCUUUUUGGUUUUUAGUGCUGUUGGUGGCGGCACUGGAUCAGGUUUGGGUUCCUUAUUGUUGGAACGGUUGUCUGUGGAUUACGGGAAAAAGUCAAAGCUUGGGUUCACCAUUUAUCCUUCUCCACAGGUUUCUACAGCUGUUGUGGAGCCUUAUAACAGUGUGCUUUCCACUCAUUCCCUCCUUGAACACACAGAUGUUUCAGUUCUUUUGGACAAUGAGGCUAUUUAUGAUAUUUGCAGGAGAUCCCUAGACAUUGAGAGACCAACUUACACCAAUCUGAAUAGGUUGAUAUCUCAGAUUAUAUCAUCAUUGACUACUUCAUUGAGAUUUGAUGGAGCAAUCAAUGUCGACAUUACAGAGUUUCAGACCAAUCUCGUGCCGUAUCCCCGAAUCCACUUCAUGCUUUCCUCGUAUGCUCCUGUUAUCUCUGCUGAGAAAGCAUUCCAUGAACAGCUAUCUGUUCCUGAAAUUACAAACGCAGUUUUUGAGCCUUCAAGCAUGAUGGCGAAAUGUGAUCCGAGGCAUGGGAAGUACAUGGCCUGCUGUUUAAUGUACCGUGGAGAUGUCGUUCCCAAGGAUGUGAAUGCUGCCGUUGCAACUAUUAAAACCAAACGAACUGUUCAGUUUGUUGACUGGUGCCCAACUGGUUUCAAGUGCGGAAUCAACUAUCAGCCUCCAACAGUGGUCCCAGGAGGUGACCUAGCCAAGGUCCAGCGGGCAGUCUGCAUGAUCAGCAACAACACAGCGGUGGCUGAAGUGUUUUCUCGCAUCGACCACAAGUUCGACCUUAUGUACGCCAAGCGCGCGUUUGUCCACUGGUAUGUUGGGGAAGGGAUGGAAGAAGGUGAGUUCUCAGAGGCACGCGAGGAUUUGGCUGCUCUUGAGAAGGAUUAUGAGGAGGUAGGAGCAGAAGGUGUUGAUGAUGACGUGGAUGAGGGUGAAGAUUAUUGAGGAGUUGCAGUUACAUAUUGUAGUGUGCUGGUAAUUCGCUACACCCUUCCAUAAACUUGUGUGUGUCAUCAUUUACCCAUGCUCCAGCUUACAGAUGGGUCUGUUUCUCGUACUCUCGUGUAUGUGUUUCUAAGAGUUUCUUCUCAUGGCAAUGAUAUAUCUCAGUUUCUUCUA